AUGAAAUAACGAUUAGUAACAUAAGCAGAUGAUUUACCAUAAGACAAUUAAGUUUAGAAUGGUAAUAAACUAUCUAAUCAAUAUCAAAUAUGUUAAGUAGUAGGCAAUGGAACAUUUGGAAUGGUAUAUUUGGUAAUAUUUAACAAUCUCAACAAUUUAAGGCCAUUGAUACUAAAAGUGAUGAAAAAGUGGCGAUAAAAAAAGUGUUUUAAGAUAGAAAAUAUAAAAACAGAGAACAUUUAAUAAUUUCAGAGUUAAAUCAUCCAUGUAUAGUAAAAUUGAGAUAGGCUUUUUUUACAUAAGGAGACAAUACUAAAAAUGUUAAUAUUAUUGUAUUUAAAAUAGAGUGAAGAUAUAUACUUAAAUUUAGUUAUGGAUUACAUUCCUGAAACACUUAGUAAGAUUAUAAGAAAUUUCAAAAAGAAUAAAGUUGGAUUUCCAAAUUAAUCAUUAAAAAUAUACAGUUAUUAAAUGUUAAGAGCUUUAGCAUAUUUAUAAGGUUUAUAAUAAUAUAUAAAUUUGUAUUUAGGAGUUGGUAUUUGUCAUAGAGAUAUUAAACCUUAAAACAUUCUCGUAAAUCCAAAUAAUCAUGUCCUCAAAAUUUGUGAUUUUGGAUCUGCUAAAAGAUUAAUUGCAGGAGAACCAAAUGUUGCCUAUAUAUGUUCUAGAUAUUAUAGAGCGCCAGAAUUAAUAUUUGGAGCUACUGAAUAUACUACUGCUAUAGAUAUGUGGUCUAUUGGUAUUUAUGUUAUUAUUAUAUAUAAUUCUACUUAGGUUGUGUAAUAGCUGAAAUGCUUAUUGGUGAACCUUUAUUUCCAGGAGAAAGUGCUACUGAUUAACUUGUUGAAAUUAUUAAAAUCUUAGGAACACCUAACAUUGAUUAAAUUAAAUAAAUGAAUCCAUAACAUUCAUAGUUUAAAUUCCCAUAAAUUAAAUGUCAUCCUUGGGCUAAGGUAUCUAAUAUAUAUAUUUAUAAAAAGGUAUUUGCUAAAUUUAAACCUGAACCUCAUUUUAUUGAUUUUCUUAGUAAAAUAUUGGUCUAUUCUCCAAGGGAUCGAUUAAAACCCUUAGAAGCAUUGUUACAUCCUUAUUUUGAUGAAUUAAGAAAAUAAGAUUUUGUUCUUGAUCCUAAUAUUAAAUUACCCAAUUUCUUUGAUUUUUACAAAGGUAGUAAUUCUAUAAGAAAUAUAUAUUUUAGAAGAAUUAUAAAUUUAACCAGAAAUAGCUCAUAAACUUACUCCAUGUUGGGUCAAUAAGUGA